AUGAUUCCAAUCCAGUCGCGUAUACGCGACAUGGCGCUCGCCAAAUCCUCCACACUUGCUCCCGUCGCCAGUACGGACCCUGCACUGGUCUCCUUCACCUUCAGCGGCAGCUCUUUCUCAUGCUCACCACUGUCAAACCCGUCCGCGCCGCCACCCACGCCUACAGACUCUCUUCUUGAUAUCCACCCGCGCAAGUCAUCUUUUGCCAGCGAGUAUGGGAUGGGUGCCGCCUGUGCCUUCCCCUCCUGGCCUAACCGUCCGUCCUUGUCCAGCGCUGACUCGGCCGACUCCUUCACCAACGCCUACCUUUCCGACGAGGACCUGCUCUGGAUGCCCGAGAACGCGGGCACCGCUCCCGAUGCUCUUCCGGAGAUGGCCACGGAAGACGGGCCCGUCCUUGCCUCAAUGACCAUGGAGCAGCAACUGGCGCGCAUGCGGGCCGUCGCCGAGGAAGAAGACCGUCUUCGUUUCCUGGCCAAAGUUGAGGCCCAUGCACGUGCAACCCAGGCCAUCCGACAAGCCCAACAGGCUAUUGUCAACGGACGCGAUAGCUCCAAGCGCAAGAAGCGUCGCGUUGUGCCGUGCCCAAAGCGACGCGCCCACUCGUCAUCGGCCAAGGUGCCAACCGUGGCGCACUGCACCUGA